CAAAUUUUUUCCCCGCCGAAAAAUUUUGGCGCCGGGUCGCGAAGAGCGUUCCCGCCACCUCUGCCCCGCCAAAAUCUCUCCCCUCGUUUUCUCUCUCUUCCUCUCCCUCUCCCUUUAUCCCCUUUCCAUGUCAAAAUAUCACAGAGAUCUCACAGAUCCCAUUCCAUUCCCAUUCCCAUUCCCGUUUCUAUCCUCGGCCAUGGACAUCUCCUCCAUUGCCGCAAAGCUCGGUCUCUCCACCUCCAAACCCCUCAUCCGCAAAGCCGAGGAGCUCCGCCGCCUCUCCGAUGUCCAAUUCGACUCCUCCAUCAUCGGCGUCGGAGAGGUGUGCAAGGCCAUCAUUUGUUUGGAGAUCGCGGCCUCGAGGUUGUUUAUCAUGCACAUCAACUGUUUGACAUAUUGUCUUUCAGGAUUUCGGCGGCAUUUAGAGCUGAAUUUUUGGAUUGGGUUUUGUAGAUUUCAGGUGAUAUUUGAUCGACAGAGCGCGAUAAGAUUGAGCGGGAUGUCGGAGAAGGCGUACAUGAGAUCCUUCAAUGCGAUGCAGAACGGUCUUGGAGUCAAGGCUACUUUGGAUGUUAGAGAACUGGGGAUUCAAUUUGGUUGUGUUAGGUUGAUUCCUUUUGUGCAGAAGGGAUUAUCUUUAUACAAGGACCGGUUCCUAGCCGCAUUGCCGGCUUCUCGUCGUGCUAGCACGGACUUCAAUCGUCCUGUUUUUACUGCUGUUGCUUUCUAUUUAUGUGCAAAAAGGCAUAAGCUUAAGGUGGAUAAGUUUAAGCUAAUAGAGUUAUCUGGUACAUCUGAAACAGAAUUUACUACUGUCUCAACUUCUAUGACUGACCUUUGCUUUGAUGUUUUUGGGGUUUCCAAAGAAAAGAAGAAUCCAAAAUCAAUUAAAGGGCAUAGAGAGCUUUUAGAUUCAUUGCCCUGCAAAAGAAGACGCGACGAUGAUGAAGCAUUUUCUGAUGAUUCCUCUGGAGACGAGAAAAAUAUGUCGUGUUACAAGAAGCACAAAAAGAUGCAGAAACAGGCUUAUGAAAAGUGGAAGUCCUCUGUUCUUUCCUCUAACAAUCAAAGCAGGACAGCUCCUCUCAGGCCAAGAAAGCAAGCCCGACUUAGCUUUACGAAGAAAUCUUCGGAGCUGAUUGCUGUUGAGGACACUGCUUAAGUUACCGAAUUAUGCAGUGCAGUGCCAUAUGAAGCACUUCCUCUGUUCAGAUUUUUGACUAGGAGUCUUCGAUGUUUUGUAAUUAGAUUAGUUUCUAAUUGUCUACAAAAAAGAGGAAGCAUCUGAACAGAUUUUUGAUUUUUGUAAUUAAGCUCUGUUUUAACGAGUGGUCUCUUCUAAUUGUCAAGCUACUGAGAGUCUGAGAUUGUCUUAGUUGAUUGGUGUUUCUGAUCCAAGUUCAUAUAGGAUAUUUGAUUAUUUCUA